UGGAACCGUGAUCAGCCAAGUUAAGUUCUUUAGUUUGCCGAGGCGCGAAUUUUCAUUGAUAACUAUAUCUAACGUCUCGUUAUUAGUACUACAAUUUUUUUUUGUUUUAAUUAUACAAAACUGAUAAAUAUAACGUGUUGAUACCAAUGAAGAGUCGAGUGUGUGUGUUUUAUUCUCUUCGUUAACGAUUAAAGUGAUUAAAUAUAUAGAUCUAUUAUAGUCAUAAUAUAUAAAUAUAAGUGAUGCUAUACAAGGCAUAAAUUUUCUGACAAAAAGCAUAAAGCUGAGAGAUUUUGACUAUGGGAAAACUCCUCAGUCUUUUGGCUCGUGACGAGUCGACCUGUUGUGCUCCGCAAAAAUAUGACGUCUUCCUGGAUUUCGAGAACGCUCAACCAUCCGAAAAUGAAAGAGAUACAUUCGAAGCUGUACAACGAGUUUUAAAAAAUUCUGAAUCUAUUUUAGAAGAGAUUCAGUGCUACAAAGGUGCUGGUAAGGAAAUUCGAGAAGCAAUUUCUGUUCCUACACAAGAAUGCCAGCGCAAGGCGUACCUGACCGUCGUACCUCUUGUGGCUAAGCUGAAAAGAUUCUAUGAAUUUUCUUUAGAACUUGAACGUGUUGUACCAGAAAUUUUGGGUCAAUUAUGCUCUGGGAAUUUAUCACCUAUGCAACAUCUUGAAACUCAGCAAGCACUUGUAAAACAAUUCGCAGAAAUUCUUGAAUUUGUCUUCAAAUUCGAUGAACAUAAAAUGAAAACACCAGCAAUUCAAAAUGACUUCAGUUAUUAUCGUAGAACGUUAACAAAAGCCAAAGACAAUCCAGAGAAUGAACUGAUUGUUGGCAAUGAACUGGCCAACCGCAUGUCCUUAUUUUAUGCUCACGCCACACCCAUGCUUCACGUCUUAAGCCACGCUACUAUAACUUUCUUGAUGGAGAGGGAAGACAUACCACGAGAGAAUAUUACAGAGACUUUGGGGACAAUGGCUAAAGUUUGUUUAAGGAUGUUAGAGAAUUCGAAUCUAUUGGCACAAUUUCAACGAGAAGAAACACAGUUAUUUGUUUUACGAGUAAUGGUUGGGCUAGUUAUCCUUUACGAUCAUGUUCAUCCACAAGGUGUUUUCUUUAAAGGCUCUAACGUUGAUGUGAAAGGAUGCGUAAAACUUUUAAAAGAUCAACCAUCUUGCAAAAGCGAGGGCUUGUUAAAUGCUUUAAAAUAUACAACAAAACAUCUAAAUGAAGAAAAUACACCAAAAAAUAUAAAAAAUCUUUUAGCAGCAUGAUUAUCAAAGCAACGUGGUUGUUGUAUUCGAAAUUGAAACAAAAAAAAUAUUUUUUUUUAUUUAGUAUCACUUAAGGCCAUUCUCAGGCAGUAGCCUCCACUUUUUAAAAAUAUGCAAUGACUUUCAACUGUAAUAACCGUAUUAAAAUUUAAUUAAUCAAGUAAAAACAAUUAAAACCUUAAUUGAAAAAAAGACAACGUAUUUGUAAUUUUGCCGAGACAUAGAUUAACUUACAGUUGUUGUCAAUUAAGAGUGAAACAAAAUUUGUUGAAUAAAUUUUAGCGUAAGAAAUUCGGAAAUUCGAAUUAUAAAAUUGACAUGAAUUUUACUGAAAUUUACUUAACAACUUUGUUUAACUCCCAGUUGAUAUCAACUGUAAAUAAUUCUUUGAAAAUCUAUAUCCCCUUAUAAGAAAACGAUAGGCCCAAGCUUGGCCGAGGCUUGGCAAAAAAUUUAUUAUCUCUGGGGGAAGCUUGAAGCCCAAGCUUGGUCCAAGUCUGUCUAAGCAUCGACAUGAUAGCAUCGAGCCAAGCUUGAGUGACAGUAUUGUGCCAAAACUGCAUUUGAGUCUUGGACCAAUUUCGACCGCCAAUAUUGUGCCAAGGCUGUAGCUAAAUAAGCACUCAUUACACUUAUUAAAAAUAAAUAAAAAAAAAAAAAGAUUAGUAGACAUGUAGGUGAUAGUUACAUAUGGAAAAAAAUUUGUACAAUAAAGAAAUCGGGUAGAUCGAUGAAACUAAUUUUUUUUUUGCAUUUGCUGAGUCUCGAACCUGGUCCUCCAUGGCUGCUAGGCUAGUGUCUGAUCUACUAGACUGUUACGCUAUACACAGAAGCCAGAGGUUUUUAGAUACCAUUUGUUAUUUAGACUGGUAAACCAGGACUUGUCACUUGAGUAUUGGCUGAACCUUGUUCUCAGAGUGGCAAACCAAGGCUUGCCAAUUAAAUGUCUGUUGAAUCUUGUCCCAAGACUGGCAAACUAAGACUUUUCAAUUAAAUGUCUGUUGAAUCUUAGCCCAAGACUGGCAGUCAAGGCUUGUCAAUUAAACGUCUGUUGAAUCUUGUCCCAACACUGGCAAACCAAGGCUUGUCACUUGAGUAGUGGCCGAAUCUUGGCCCAAGACUGGCGAACCGAGACUCGUGACUUGAACGUUGGUCAGAUCUCGGAGGGCGAGCCUGGGUAGCCCAGUACUGUGCCAAGACCGGCCCCGUUGUCAAUAUUUUUUUUCUUACAAGGGUCUCAGCAAAAUUACGAUUACGUUGUCUUUUUUUUCAAUUAAUGAUUAGAUUUUUUUUUAAUUAAUUAAUAAAUUUUUGACACACUUAAGACAGUUCGGCUGUUCAAUUUCAAAACACAAUAAGAGACCAUUUUUUCAAUUCAAUUUUUUAGUAUUUUUAGUUCCAGCGGGGUCUUGUGGAUAUCAUUCAAUCCAUAUUUCAAAAGUUUUAUUUUUGUCAGUUACUGUGUUUUGAAAUCAGGCAGCAGAGUUGAAAGUCAUUAAAAAUUAUUGAAAAGCGGGGAGGGGGCACUGUUUGUGAAUAGCCUUAAAUGAACAAAAUUAAUUAUAAGAAUGAUAACCUUAUCAAAAAAUCUAUAUCAGAUUGUAUGAAAAUCGAUACAGAAACGUACCUAUAAAUUUGAAUAGGAAUCUAUGUAGGAAAAUGUGGGUAUCUAUUUCUAUAUAUAAAUUUAUGCUGGAUUCCCACAUGGAUUUUUUUGAUAAGGAACUUUAAAUACACUAAUUAAUUUUAAUUGGUUAAACAAAUAUUCAAACAGUAAAAAUAAGAAUUUAUUAUUGUAAUCAUUUAAUUGAAUCAAUUCAAUAAAUAAAUAAUUACCAUUAUUAUUAUUAGAGAAAAUAUAUUGUAGUAUAUUGUGAUUUAUAUAAAUUAUGAUAAUAAUUUGCCUUCUUAUUUUAAUUAAAAUUUUAUAAUAAUUUUAUCCAUUAUAACUUUCUUAUGAAUCGACGAAAAAAUAAAAUUGGGAAGAUUACAUCUUACAAAGCUAAAUUAAUAAAAUGAAAAAAAAAAAUUCAAACUUUACCAUGCAUAUAACAGAUUUUUUUAAAUUAUAAAUAAUGAAAAGUGUAGAAUUAAUUUUAUUAAAAUGCAAACAUUCUGAUAUAGUUAGCAAUAAUUCAUCUUUGAGAGAUGAUCUGAAAAAUAAAUGAAUGUUUAAUUCUGACUAAACAAACUUUAAAACAAGCGAAAAAUAAAAGUAUGAUAACUUGGCAACGAACGAUGAUAUAUUGCUCACCCUUCAUGGUAAACUUGAUACUCUGAAAAACUAAAUAAUUUACAAAAACACAAUGAAAAUAAAUUUAAACAAAUUAUCACAGAUAAUUUACCAAAGAUAUAUAUAUACAUAUAUAUUGCAGAAAACUAGAAAACAUUAAUAUUAUUUUUAAAGUUUAUGAUCUUAUAUAAAAUGUAUA